AUGGCAAGAAGAAAUGUCCUCAUUACAGGUUGCUCCUCAGGAAUUGGACUGGCCUUAGCUGUAAAAAUGGCAAAAGAUGAACAGAAAAGAUUUAAAGUGUAUGCCACAAUGCGGAAUCUGGCCAAGAAAGAGCCACUCGAGGAAGCUGCAGGUCGCAGGCUGGGCAAAACCCUCGAAAUUAAACAACUGGAUGUCUGUGAUGAACAAUCUAUUAAAACUUGUGUGAAUAGUAUCCCUGACAGAAGGAUUGAUGUCCUAGUUAGCAAUGCUGGAAUGGGGCUCAUUGGACCUAUUGAAUGUCAGAGCAUAGAUGAAAUGAAAACUGUGAUGGAUACCAACUUCUUUGGACUGGUUCGACUCCUGAAGGAGAUUUUGCCUGACAUGAAGAGGAGAAAGAGCGGGCAUAUAGUUAUAAUAAGCAGCGUUAUGGGAAUACAAGGUAUAUUAUUUAAUGACGUCUAUGCUGCAUCUAAGUUUGCUGUGGAGGGAUUCUGUGAAAGUUUAGCUAUACAAGCACUCAAGUUCAAACUGCAGUUAAGUUUGAUUGAACCAGGCCCAGUGGUUACAGAGUUUGAAAGAAAAGUGUUUGAAGAUGGAAUGAAAAUGGAUCUUUCAGCUGCAGAUGAGGAAACAGCCGAGAUGUUUACUAACAUUUACCUUAAAAAUUACAAACAGAUUUUCCAGAGCCUGGGACAAAGUGCCGAAGAUGUUGCAGAGCAUACGGUAAAGAUAAUUCUUGCAGAAAAUCCACCUUUUCGCCAUCAGACCAACACCUUGUAUACUCCAAUGACAACGCUGAAAUAUGCAGAUCCAAAUGGAGAUCUACCCAUUGACAUAUUCUACAAAAUGGUUUUUCAUCAUGACAAAAUCUUCAGUGCAAGUCUUAACUUUAUCAAAUUGCUAAGGUGGAGAAGUAGAAAGAGCUUUGACCUGGGAAAACCCUCCCAAUAA